AUGGCCAUGUACCAGCUGGCAGCUGACUCCAAGCAGCAGGACAACAUCUUCUCCAGCGGGGUCAUGGAGGAGUCUGAGGUCUGCUCUGUGCCUGGGGGGCUCGCCAGCAUCAGGGCACAAUUCGAGACCCAGGAAACUGCAACAUCGCACAACGUCACCGAGUUCCUCUUCCACCACAGAGCUGUGCAGGAAGUGGAAUUGAACUCUGAGUUGACAAUGAGGAGCAGUUCUAGGGAAGUCAUCCCAGCCUCUCAGCAGGCUAUUUUCCACCAGGAUGAACAGGUAGACCGUCUGGAGACCUCUGUUUCAUCACACGACACAAUAGAGGACACAUCUGCUGUUGACUACGAGAACACAGAAUAUUUCCCUCCGCCACCUCCAGAAGACUUAGAGUACCUCCCACCUCCACCCCCAGACUUACUGCAGGUCCCAUCAGAAAGUCCAGAUAUGCCAGUUGAGUGCUACUACUCACCUGAGCCUCCGGAAUCAGCUUACCCCUCUAAAUGUCCACUCAGUAGACAGGAAUACUUCAGGCAGAGAAACCAGUAUGAGUUGAAGCGCCUUUACAAGCAUAUCCAUCCUGAGGUUCGUAAAAACCUAGAGAUGUAUAGUGAUGCGGCUGAGUAUGAGAACACCCGACAGGGGAGUCAGGAGGAGUUCACAGGGGAGACCAGGUAUAUAUACGAGGAUAACGGUAGCAGCCCCAACGACUGCAUUAGCCCAGAAGAAGAAUACCUGGAAUGGGACGAGAUCCUCAGAGGGGAGGUCCAAUCAAUGCGCUGGAUGUUUGAGAACAAACCUCUGGAUGCCAUCAAAGACGACGCCUCAAAUGAGGAUGACGCCCAAAACAUGGAACAGGAGAUGAUUGUUGGGAGUGAUGUAAGAAGCAAAGCGUGGAUGUUUGAGACCAAGCCCAUGGACACAUUGGGAUCAGACAACAUAGCUUCAACUAAAUAUAGAAACAGAUUCAAUAAGUUGGACAAAGGAGAUGUCCGUGCUGCAGCCUGGUUGUUUGAAAACCAGCCUAUGGAGACCCUGAACAAAAUGCAUGGCGAUGAAGAGCUAACCAAAGAGAUAGUAUUUACCCAGGAAGACGGCAGCUCUACCAUAUACAUGCUUGAAUCUCAGUACAUGGACACUUUAGGUCAUACUGAGACCAUUGAUGACAGUCACCUCCUGAGUCUGAGGUCAGCGCUUGAGGAUAUAAAGGGAGAAGUGAAGACGAUCACAAGCACAUUUGAGACUCAGUUUAUAUGCGUCCUCAUGGGACAGUCAGGCCAGAUGUUAGAGAUAACAUCUAUACGCAAAGUGGAGACUGUGAAGGGGGAAACUAGAACAUCAACCUGGCUUUUUGAUACUCAAGCCCUGGACAUGACUAAUAGACUCCCUGCCCCAGUGAAACUUGUGUGUAGCCUGUCCAUGGAAGACAACUACAAAGGAGAUGUUUACAGGGGUAGAUGGUUGUUUGAGACAAAGACCUUAGACUCCAUUAACACAGAUGAAUGGGAAAGCUCAUCGCUGCAAAAGGAAGAGAUAAUCGGAGCUGAUGUCCGAAAACAUUGCUUAGCGUUUGAAACUCAGCCAAUGGAUUCUCUGAAAGAUGAUUCAAAUGCUAGACCCCCGACUAUCGAAGAAGUUAUUGGCGGCAAUGUCAGAUCAGCUAAACAUUACUUUGAAACUGCUCCAGCUGACAAUUUAAAAGACCUUGCUGAGGUUGGGAAACUACAAAAAAUGGUGAGACUUGAUGAAGAGAAGGGGGAUGUGAGACACCAGAAGUGGGUUUUCGAAAGUCAACCCCUGGAGCACAUUCAAGAGGAAAAGAAGGAAGUCGUUCGAACCAUUAACCUGGAGGAAAUCGAUAAAGUGGAUGUCUCAAACUACAAGCAAAUAUUUGAAACCACAGACUUAACCAGAUGGGAUGAAUCUCAAAAGAUACUCGUGGAGGGUGUAACAUGUGGCUCUGUGAAAUCUAACAAACAUCUGUUUGAGUCUACACCAAUGUACGCCAUGCAAGACAGCUCUGGACAUUACCAUGAAGUGAAAACAGUGCAUCGGGAAGAGGUUGUCAAGGGAAACGUCACAAGCUGCAAAUGGAUGUUUGAAACACGCCCCAUUGACCAGUUUGAUGAAAGUAUCACCAAUUACCAAAUUAUUAAAGGAAUAUCCAAAGAAGUUGAGUCUGGUGAUGUUAAAACUGCCAAGUGGCUGUUUGAAACACAGCCUCUUGAUGCAAUUAAAUACUUCAGCAAUAUUGAAGAUGAGGAAACUACAACUAAGGAAAGUGUUGAGAUUGUAAAAGGUGAUGUUAAAACUGGUAAGUGGUUAUUCGAGACUAAACUAAUGAAUGUCCCAUACGAGAAGGAUGAGUUGACGAGUGAAAAUGAGAGUGAGGAGGUACACAAAGGAGAUGUAAAAACCUGCACAUGGUUGUUUGAGACAAAGGCACUUGACACUAUCCGAGAUGAAACCGAAACUGUUCUACAAACAUGCACAGUAAAUCAAGAAGAUGUCCAGGGCAAAAAUGUACGAAUGGCUCGUUUUCUAUUUGAGACAGAAAAACUUGAGAAUAUCACAGGGGAGGACGAAAGCUUUAAGAGGGUUACUGAUAUAGACAUUCAGUCAGGAGAUGUGAAUAGAAUAAAGUAUAUCUUUGAGAACCAGUCCUCUGAUAUCAUGACCUCAACAUCUGAGGAGGUUAUGCAAAUGCUCAAAACUACACAAUCAGAGGACAUCCAGAAAGGAAAUGUGGUGAACUGCAAAUGGCUCUUUGAGAACCAGUCGAUAGAUGCCAUACAUGAUACCCAAGAAGAGGCUCUGGAGACCCGCACUGUGAUGGAUGUACAAGGAGGUAAUGUGGACAAAGGCCGUUUCAUUUUUGAGACCUACUCCUUGGACAAAAUCCAGGAGGUGUCCUCGGAGACAGAGACCGAUAUCACAAAGUUGCAGAAAAUCACCCGUGAAGAGGAAGAGAAAGGGGAUGUGAGGAACUACACCAUGAUGUUUGAAACUCAGCCUCUUUAUGCCAUUCAAGACAAACAGGGUCAUUAUCAUGAGGUCACCACUGUCACAAGCGAGGAGAUAUUGAAGGGUGAUGUGAUCGGGUCCCGGUGGUUGUUUGAAACCAAGCCUCUUGAUUCUAUCAGGGAUACAGAUGAGGUCUAUAUCAUCAAAUCUGUCACACAGGAGGAUGUUCAGAAAGGAGAUGUUACUUCAGCCAAGUGGAGAUUUGAAACACAACCUCUUGAUACGAUUGCAGAGGACAUAAAAAUGUCAGUUAAAACCGUUGAAGAUAUUCAAGGAGGAGAUGUUAGAAUGAAUAAACAGCGUUUUGAAUCUGAUGAGCUGUCACAGAAGUCUGUGCGAACCGUUAAUGUGAGUGAAAUCCAAAAAGGUGAUGUCAGGACAGCAAAAUGGAUGUUUGAAACUCAAACAAUGGAUAAAAUACGUAGCCAGAGCGAAGAGAAUUUAAUAGAAACCGUCAUGAAAGAGGAGGUCCUAAAGGGAGAUGUUAGACAAUCAGUGUGGCUCUUUGAACAGAAUCCCCUUGACCAUAUAAAGGAGGUAGAUGAGGAUAAUACAGUAGUUGUUCAAGAGGAGAUCCCCAAAGCAGAUGUAAAGACAACAACAUGGCUGUUUGAAACAACUCCGUUCCAUGACUUUAAUGAGAACAGUGUUGAGAAGUCAGAAAUCCUGGGUAAAAGUAUCAAAGGAACCCUUGAGGAACUUUAUAGCCAGAAAAUGGUUAAUUCAAAAGGAAUACUCAUUGAAGCAGAUGAAAUUGGGGACGUUAGAAUGGCAAAAUACCAGCUAAUGAAUACGGAUUCUCCAGAGAUCCAAAGAGAGGAAAUCCUCAGCGGUGAUCUGAACAACAUUAUGAUGAAUCUUUUGAACCGUCGGGAAACAAUUGAGAGGGGAGUAGUGGUAGAGUCAGAGGAGAAGGGUAAUAUCAGUACAACAGUGCAUCAAUUGUUCAACCAAGAGAGGGGCAUCAAUGUGGAAAAGGAGGAAAUAUUAAGAGGUGACAUCCAGGAAGCUGUAAACAAUCUUCUCAAGGAGGGAGGAUCUGCUAAACGUGGUAUACUCCUUCAAGAGGAUGAGAAGGGAGAUGUGCAAAUGACUAUUUAUUCUCUUCUAAAUAAACAAGAGGACAUCAGUGUUGAAAAAGAGGAUAUAAUCAAAGGCAAUAUAAGGAAUGCUCUCCAAAGACUAUCCAACCCAGAAAACCAAGAGCAGAUGAGGAUAAAGGUGGAUGAGACAGAAAAGGGAAACGUAAACUUUUACUCCACAUGCAUUGAAUCUGGGGCGCUUGACUAUCUCAAACAACUCCAGGUAGAGCCAGAUGAGACACCACCUGAAAAGAUAGAGAAAGAGAAGAUUAUUAGAGGAGAUAUAAAGGGGACAAAACUCAUUCUUGGCAGUAAUCGAGCACAAAUUGAGCGUACAGUAGUUGAAGAGGACAUAGUGUGUGGAGAUGUUCGCAAAUCAGUCAAGGUUUUCAUGAGCGAACCCACACUCUCACUGGAUGGCCUACAAAAAGAGGAAAUUGUGAGGGGUGAUUUGAAAGCAGCUAUGAACUCACUGUCUCAGUCUGUAAAUCAGACAGUGGUUGUAGAGAAAGAGGAGGUGGUGAGAGGUAACAUACACGAAACCAGAAGACACCUUGAGUGUGCCCAUAGACUGCCCAAAGAGGUGGAAAAGACAGAGAUUGUCCACGGCAACAUCAAAGGGGCACUGAAGUCCCUAGAGAAAUCUGCAACCUCCAAAGUUGAAGUUGUCAUCGAAGAUUUAGUUCCUGGAGACAUCAAAGGUACCUUAAAAUCCCUGGAGCAGGCAAAGCAAACAGUCAGGGCGAUCGAGAAGGAAGAGAUUGUAAAGGGUAACAUUCAUACAGCAAAGCAGUGUUUACGAGAUGCUUCUAAUGACAGAAGGACAUGUCAACAGGAAAUAGAUGUUCAGGGAAAUGUGAGAGGCACUAUUGAGCUCUUAUUGGAACCACCAGCUUCUCCAAGAAUGACACGGAGGCCCAGCUUCGAGGGUGAUGUGAAAAUGUCCAUUAAGUCACUCUACGAGACACAUGAGGUGCAUGAGACAGGGGAGGAACAAACUCAACCAGAGAAAGAGGAGGUGAUAAAGGGUGAUGUUAAAGGCACAAUCAAAUCCUUGCUGGAAUCAGCUCAGCGUGCAGCUCCUAAAAUCAGAGUGGGAGCUAGAAGGGUCAAAGUCCCUGUGAGAUCUCCAUUGCGCUCACAGCAUGGAAGCCCUCUAUCACGUUCACAGCAUGGAAGCCCUCUAUCACGUUCACAGCAAGCACCUGAGAAGGUUGUUAAUCAACCUAUCAAAGUAGAAAAGUUAACCCCAGAAACUAACGUCAAAUCAGGCAAAAAGAAGAAGGCCAAAGGGACAGAAAAGCAAGUAGAAGUAAAAGAAACAAAACAGCCAGAUGAAACUAAGACGGGAAACAUGUCACAGGUGAAGGAUGUGAAGGUGGAAGUAAAGGAAGUCACAAAGUUGAAGGUUUCUAGUGAGCAAACACAUGCCCAGACUGACGUCAAGGUCAAGGAGGACAGUCAGAAAGCUCCUGCUAUUAAAGACAACCAACCAGCAACUCCAACUUCUGCAAGAAAGAAGAAGAAGAGAAAGUCAAAAGCUAAAGAUGCAGCUGCCACCACAGAAUCAACUAAAUCUCCUUCUGAAAGUUCCACUCAAAGUCAGGAGAUACAAACAGCCCAUCAAGUGGAGCAGAUCCAGGUACAUAAGGAAGUUAUUAUCCCUGAAAGCAAAGUUGAAAGAAAAGUUAAUCAAAGUGUCCAGCAACAGGGAACAGUUAAAGUAGAAAAGCGGGUCGAGCCAUCUCAAAGGAAGAAAGAGUUGACAGGAAGCCAACAGAUUCAAGAGAAACCAAAGGAAGAGUACAGAAAUGUUCCAGUCAAAGUGGAAAGUGGAAAAAUGACAAACAUCACUGAGGAUUCUCAAAGACGAGAACAUGUCCAGAAGUUAAUCUCACAUAUAACAGAGUUAGAGGGAGCUUCAGGAAAAAUUGAUUCGAAAUCUGUGAAGACACUGCUCAAUACUAUUCCAGAGUGGCUCAUUGGUCCAGAGGAAAAUCUUUAUUUGGAGGGAACUGCAGUUGAGCAUAAUAUACAAAAGCUUACAGAAAUGGUUUCAUAUGUGAAAAAACGAGCAAAGGCAAAGUUGAUGUGUUUAGAGGGGAUCCACACUAAUCUGGAGAAGCGUGAGUAUGAACCUACUUCUGAAAAGAUCAUUGUUGGUGGUGCAACUCAAAGAAUACAUAAAAUAAGUAUUGGCUCUUUGAAAGUUGAAAGUCAAAAGAAAGUUGUGGAAAGCAAAGCAACAUCACAUGAAAGCAAAAUGCAAGAGAUGCGCUCACCCUCACCCUUACUAAGGAUGCGCUCACCCUCACCAACCUUUAUUACCAUUGAAUCUACCCGGAGAACUGACUCUCCUCAGAGAACAACCCCAUCACCUAUCCUAACGCACAGACCAGCCACUCCCCCAACACCUCCCCCCCGCAAAUCGGAAACUCCUACAACACGCAUCAAUAGGGCCACACCCUCUCCAACCUUCUCUAGGGCAGAGAACUUGGCGCGGCUAAAAGAUACUACAGCCAAGCUUUCCCGUGGGGUGACACCGCCUCCAGUUUCACUUCCUAUGCAAGUCACAGAAAAGAAAUCUGAGAUUGUGGAAUCCCCUGCAUCAUUCCAUCGGCAGAUCAAAAUUGAGGCACACGCUGAGGGAACUUCAGAAGUGUCAGACACAACAAUUGUCACUCAAGAGGCUCAAAAGGCUGGUUUAAAGGUCACAGAUAAAGAGUCAUUCCAUCAAACGGAUAAAGAAGUCAUGGAAGCUUCUGAAAUGUCAGACUUGUCAAUGGUGACUAUGUCAGUGAGAAACAAGAGGGAGUUUUUUGAAGAUGCUCAAAAAGCUGAGGUAAAUAAGACCAAUGUGCGAAAAGAUCCCAUCGACAGCCCAGAGCACUUGGGCCCAGACAGGGAGGAGCCCAAAACAACAAAGCAAGAGAGUAAGGAUGACACACAAAGCACAUCUGAGAAGGUCACAGAGAACAAUGCUGAAAUAGUGGGAUCUGCAAAGUCAACUGAUAAAGAAUUGACGGAAGCUUCAAAAAUGUCAAACUCAUUAGCAGCAACGACAUCAGUGAGAGACAAGAGAGAGUUUUUUGAAGAGGCUCAUAAAGCUAAAGUAAAUAAGAUGUAUGUUCGAAGGGACCCCAUUGAUAUCCCAGAGCGAUUGGGUCCAGACAUGGAGGAGCUCAAACCAGAAAACCAAGAGAACGAGAAGGAGGACCUUCCAAAGGUGGACUUGUCAGGAUUAGUCAACAAAUUUGAAACACCGGAAGAUACAGUUUACAUCAGAAAGCCAAUGAGAGAAAGACGUGGAAGUGAGAUGGAAUAUACUGAGACUGGCGUAGAAAAUACAGUUACUCAAGAAGAAGAGAUGCCAACUUUUGACAUCAAGGCUAUUAAAAAUGUUUUUGAAAUGGUUGAGCAAAGUCCCUCCUUCAAAGGGGAGAAAAAUAAACAGGAGGAGCUGGAGUCAAACCUGACAGACCCAACAGGCUUCUCUGAAAAGUCAGUCACAGAGCAUUUCUCAAGCUUAGAUGAAUUCGGCAACAAGACAAUUGGAUCACUGAGCAGCACAACUGUUUCCCAGCACUCAGAGAGCAUAAUAACCCACCAUGCCCCCUUCUCAUAUGCUGACGUGGUAAAAAAAAAAAAGGGGUCUGAGGUGACGACGUCUGAAUCCCCGGAAGAGGCUUCCACUGAAGAGUUGCUGAGGAAUUUCCACAAAACAUGGACGGAGAGUGAGAGUGUUUUCAAGAGUCUCGGCUACAGUGUUUCGGAGGAGAGAACAUCACAUGUUGUGUCACAUCAAACAAAGACCGUUGUUACUGCCCACUCCCCACAGAAAGCCUUUAAAGUAGAUGAGGACUAA